CUUGUUGCUAUGGAGUUCAUAUUUGGGUUCGGCGCCCCCUUAAUAGCUGCGAAAUUCMCAAAAGUCGGCGAUUUUGUACAUUUCAUAAAAAUGUUGACCCAAAGUCAAACACCAAAUAUUCAAAACCAACUUAUUCUUGAAAACCCAAACACCACCGAAUCAUAUUAUUCCCUUUGCAACUUUAAAGAAAGACAAGAAUCUUUGGCUGUUGAAAAACUACGAGGUUUUGAUGAAAUUUCCAAAUCCAAAGCCCUUUACCAAAAGUUUUUCGGGUUUUCUUCAUGGACRAGACAAAAACCUGUGGGCUUAGAAAGCCAGCAUGAAGAUCUACAAGAAGGAGAAGAUGGUAUUUCUCUUCUUUAUAAGAAGUUAAGCUUAGAAGACGAUAGUGUUGGUCAAAAAAGAAGAGGUAAUAGCUACCUGUCAGGAUGGGAAGUCUGUGGUGAUGAACCCCAUCACAAAGUUGAAUAUUUGAAARGAAAAUUGAUGUGGAAAGAUAGUUCUUUUACAAGAAAAACAGAAAGCAAAAACGAAUCUUUCGUCAACUCAGGUGCAUAUAAUCCAAGCAAGAAGGAAGCUUUUGUUCAAUACAAGUCUCGGAAAUGCGAAUUUGUGGAGCCGAAAGCAACAAAAAAAGAUGAUGUCCAGCCAAGCCCAAGGGAAGAAAUCCCUCGCCAACACUAUACACACCGUGCUACCUCUCCACACAAAACCAUCAAGUUUCAUCAAUUCUCUAAUACCAAUGACUACAUYAAAUAUUAUAGAGACAAUGUCACUCAUACUAGCAUCAGGCAACACUUUUUCAAUUAUGUGGAAGGAAAAACCAGUAAAAUAAGGCCUCAAACAUUUCCUUUUGGGAGGAAAAUAAAAUCACAGGCCAAAAGGGAAUCGCCUGCAAAGAUCUACAGGUUGCAUAUUUCGGAUAAAGCAAGUUUUGGUAUAUUAAAAGUAGGKCCAUGCCCCAGCUUUAAUCUGAAGACAUCUCCGAAGAAAUCCGCCGGAGAAAACGAAGCAAGCAACUCAAUAACAGAUGCCGAAAAAAGGAAAGGACUGACCAAAGAUAUUGAUUAUCUGAUGGCCAAUGCAAGCCGACUGUUGAGCGAUCAGUCAUUUUAUUCUUCAUAUAACAGGAAAGGAACCAAAACAAGAGAGAGUUAUCCCAUUCCUACUGCUAAUACUACAGACUUCGAUGAAGUCCAACAGAUUGGAUGCGAAGAUGCGAUAGCUACCGCUAACGAUGAUGAUGUGAAAGUGAAGAAAGUAGGGCUACGAGUGAACAAGACCUUAGCACCAAGGUUACGUGCUAAAAGAAAGGCUACUAAAUUGAAUAAACCUAAGCAGAAUCACCAGACAGCAGGGGCAAACAAGGCGAAACAAGCAAAGAGUAGUCAACGUGCCUGCAAUUUCUCUACAUCUUCUGGCAACACAUUGGGUGACAAAGAGUUUCUCCGCAUCACCAAGCCAAAGGUAAUAGGUAUUAACCCAGCAAGUCAGAAAGGAAGUCAUGCUAUAUUCAACAGCCCACCCAGUCAUGACUCAUUAGAGGCAUCAGUAGCACUGUAUCCAUGGGUUGAUGAUGAGGGAAGAAUACCUAGAGGAAGACUCAUUGAAACUAACCACAUCAUCAAUCGAAACCUUCUGAAAAGUCGACUUCCUGAAAAAGGUUUUCAAGUGUGUAUUACUCCAAGUAGUUAUCCCAAGAGUACGGUUGGGCUGACGAUGAAGAUGAAAGCUGAAGAACAAGUAGAUGAUAUUUCUACACAACUGUAAGAAAAGGUUACUUAACAGUGGGUGCUUACAGACAGCC